AUGGACAAUGUGGAGAAGGUUGAUGAGGGAGACAAAUUGAACCCGGAGGAGCAGGGCAAAUCGAACAGUGACGAUGAUAGCGAUGAUGAGGAUUUUAUUCCAUCUGCUGAUGAAGUUGACAGUGCAGAUGAUGUUAUGUUUACAGACAGUGAAGAGGAGUACGAUGAUGAGAGCAGAUUUGAUGAAGUACGAGGUGGGACUGAUGGUAAUCGGGUUGAUAAAGGAAAAGGGGUAGCAGGAGGUGAUUUCAGUGAUGAGGAAGGGUUCAAUAGUGAUGAAGUUGAUGUGAAAUAUGAAGUUGGCGGUGGUUCAGAGAAGGAGGACAAUGAGGAUAAUGAUAAUCAUGAAGCUAGUCGAUAUCCAAUACAUAGAGAUGUGAAAGACAUGACAACUUACCAAUGGAAAGUCAAAACUGUAUAUGCUUCAAGGGAGGAAUUCAAGGACACUGUUACAGCUUAUGCAGUGCAAACAAGAAGGGGACUGAGGUAUGCCAAGCUUGACUUGGUGAGAGUGAGGGCUGUUUGUCAAGAGGGGUGUCCGUUUUGGUUAUACGCAGCAAAAAUGAGUGAGGAAGAGACUUGGCAGCUUAGGUCAAUGAACCUUAAGCAUACCUGUGGCCAGUCACACAGGGUAGGGAUACUGCAUACUGGUUGGCUGAGUAGGGCAUUUAGGAAGAAAGUGGAAGGUAACCCAAAGGUAAAGAUAAAGGACCUGGUCAACAAGGCACAAAGAAAAUGGAAUUUGACAGUGACAACUUCGAUGGCAGCUAGGGUAUAUGUGUGUCUAGCUGCUUGUAAGAAGAGCUUCCUGCAGUGUAGAAAGUUUGUGGGAUUGGAUGGGUGUUUUCUAAAGACACCUCAAGGAGGGCAGUUGUUGACAUCCAUUGGGUGGGAUCCUAAUGAUCAAAUGCUUCCAAUCGCGUAUGCCGUUGUGGAGGCAGAGACCAAAGACACUUGGAAGUGGUUUCUCUGGUUGUUAAUUGAUGAUUUAGGAGUUGAGAUCAUUGGGAAAACAACCUUCAUGUCUGAUCAGCAGAAGGGACUCUUACCUACAUUCGAUGAAGUCAUCCCUGGAGUAGACCAUAGGUUCUGUGUCCGCCAUCUUUACAGCAACUUCAGGAAGAAAUUUUCUGGACUACAGUUGAAGCAGCUGAUGUGGAGGUGUGCAAAAGCUACACAUUGGAAGGAAUGGGAGAAAGAGAUGCAAAUCAUCAGGCAGAUCAAUAUGGAUGCACAUAAACAUCUGAAUGCUAUUCCUCCAAGAUUUUGGAGCAUGUCCAGGUUUAAUUUUCAUUCUAAAUGUGACACUCUUGUAAACAACAUGUGUGAGAGCUUUAAUGGUGCAAUAGUAGUGUCUAGGGAGAAACCUAUAGUGACAAUGUUGGAGGAUAUCAAGGUUUAUUUGAUGACUAGAUGGGUUGUUAAUAGAGAACGAAUUAAAAACUUUAAUGGUACACUUCUACCUCGCAUUAGGAUAAAACUAGAGAGGAGAGGCAGAUCUACUGGUGAGUGGAGGCCUUACUGGUCUGCUGCACAAACAUAUGAGAUUAUUAAUGGACUGAAUAAAUUUGCUGUUGAUCUUUCUGCUCAUGAGUGCUCUUGUAGAAAGUGGCAGCUUAGUGGUAUUCCCUGCACACAUGCUAUAAGCUGCAUCAAUUUUAAGGGCCUUGACAUAGAUGCAUUUGUUGAUGACUGCUACAAGAAGGCUGCAUAUGUCAAGUGCUAUGAUUCAGUCAUCAAUCCUCUAAAUGGCCCAGAUUUAUGGGAGAAAACCAACUUUGAUGAUGUCUUGCCCCCUCCUUAUCAAAAGCCUAGCCACAAACCAGUCAAGAAGAGGAAGAGAGGACUAGAUGAAGCUCCGAACAGCAGCCAGUCCCACUUGUCUAGGAGGGGACAAAUCCAAAGAUGCUCAAACUGUGGUGAAUCUGGACACAAGAAGGGAGGAUGCAAGAAGCCAUCCCUGGAUGACCAACAACUUAGUCAAGCUGCUAGGAAGAGAACCAGAGGUAGGAGGAAGCCUUCAUCUAGCAGACCCAUGACCAGUUCUAAGGCUUUAUCACAGCCUGUUAUGCAAUCUGGAAGUGGAGGUCUGAGGAGGUCCACCAGGUCUAGAUCAUCAUCUGAACCCCAACUAGCCACCAAAACACCUAAGCCCAACUCAACCCAAUCGAGGUCCAAGCCCACAUCAUCCUCAACUAGGCCCAACAGUCCACCAGCAUGUACUCUCCAACGAAGGCCCAAGACAAAGCCCACCAGAAGCAACACACAGCAACCACCGGCACCAAAGAAGAUGGGUGCAGCCAGCUCCAGCCAACCAGCCAGGACUGUCUCCUUCAGCCACAGAAUUCUACUUCAUGUAUCUCCAAGAAAGCUGAGGCUCAUGGCAAAACUUCCCCCAAGACUUUGGGAAAAACUUUAG